CGGAUUCGUGACAAGCCGUGAAGUGGCAAUCUCAGAAACCAUGGCGGAGAUGCAAGCAACCGUUGACAUUCCAGAGCCCAAGGGCCUGCCAUUUAUCGGCAACAUUACUACCAUCGACCCUGAAUUCCCUCUUGGGUCGAUGACGUCGCUUGCCGAUCAAUUUGGCGAGAUCUAUCGUUUGCGGUUCCCGGACAGGACCGUUGUUAUCGUCUCCAACCAGGCUUUGGUAAAUGAGACGUGUAACGAGAAGCGUUUUAAAAAAUCAGUCAACUCGGCGCUGAAUCAAAUCAGAGCGGGUGUCCACGAUGGAUUAUUCACAGCAAGAAUGGGAGAGGAGAAUUGGGGUAUCGCACAUCGAGUCCUUAUGCCAGCUUUUGGGCCUCUGUCGAUCCGUGGAAUGUACGAUGAGAUGCACGACAUUGCGUCGCAGCUCGCUCUCAAAUGGGCACGAUAUGGACCCGACAAUGCAAUUGCCGUGACCGACGACUUUACCCGAUUGACGCUGGAUACGCUAGCACUAUGCUCCAUGGGAUAUCGGUUCAACAGCUACUACUCCCCAGUACUUCACCCAUUUAUCGAAGCGAUGGGUGAUUUCCUCACUGAAGCGGGUGAGAAGCCACGUCGCCUACCCCUGCCCGCCAUCGUCUACCGGGCAAGAGACGACAAACUUAUGAGCGAUAUCGAGGUCAUGAGAACCACCGCAAAGGAUGUGCUAGAGGCACGCAAGGCAGAGAACAGCAGCGAGAGAAAGGAUCUCUUGGACGCGAUGUUGCAGGGCGUCGACUCGAAAACAGGAAAAAAGAUGAACGACGAGAGCAUCAUGGACAACCUAAUCACCUUUUUGAUAGCUGGACACGAGACAACUUCUGGUUUGCUCUCCUUUGUUUUCUACCAACUUCUCAAGCACCCAGAGGCCUAUCAAAAAGCACAGCAGGAGGUAGAUGAUGUGGUCGGAAAGGGCGUCAUCGAGGUCGGACACCUCUCGAAGCUGCCGUACAUCAACGGCGUUCUGCGCGAAACCCUCCGAAUCAAUGCCACCAUCCCCCUGUUCACUGUUGAGGCAUUUGAAGACACUGUUCUGGCUGGCAAGUACCCCGUCAAAGCCGGUGAGACCAUUGUCAACCUGCUCGCAAAAUCACAACUAGACCCUGCGGUAUUCGGCGACGAUGCGAACGAAUUCAAGCCAGUGCGCAUGUUUGACGAGAACUUUGAACGACUGAACCGCGAGUUCCCCAACUCGUGGAAGCCCUUUGGCAACGGCAUGCGCGGCUGCAUUGGCCGUCCAUUCGCUUGGCAAGAAGCAUUGCUUGUCAUGGUUAUGCUUCUCCAAAACUUCAACUUUGUUCUUGACCCAAACUAUGUCUUCGACGUCAAGCAGACUUUGACAAUCAAGCCAAAGGAUAUGCACAUGCGGGCCAUCUUGCGCGAUAACCUCACGCCUACCACCCUCGAGCGCCGCCUUGCCGGACUCUUGAAGGAGGAGACAAAGGAGAAAGCUGCCACCAACGGUUCGGUAGAUGACGGCCAGAGCGGUGUACCGAUGACGAUUCUCUAUGGCUCCAACAGUGGAACUUGCGAGUCUCUGGCACGUCGUAUCGCGACUGAUGCCGCAGCUCACGGAUUCCGCGCCACCAAGGUCGAUUGUCUGGACAGCGCAAAGGGCAACUUGCCUACGGACCAGCCAGUCGUCAUCAUCACCGCAUCAUACGAAGGACAACCUCCCGAUAACGCGGGACACUUCGUGGCUUGGAUCGAGCAAACAAAACAGGAGCAGAAGCCGCUCCAGGACGUCUCAUAUGCUGUCUUCGGCUGCGGUCAUAAGGACUGGGUUCAGACCUUCCAUCGCAUCCCCAAGCUGGUCGACAGCAAUCUUGAGGGUCUUGGCGCCACGAGGCUUGUCGAUAUCGGCCUCACCGAUGCUUCGUCUAGUCAAGUCUUCGAGGACUUUGAAGCUUGGGAGGAUAAGAGCUUGUGGCCUGCGCUGACAGCUCGAUACAAUGUGACGAGUCCCAGCGAGGGUAUCAAAAGCAGCGUGGACGUAACCGUAUCGAACCUGAGGGCUUUGACUCUGCGACAAGAUGUUACAGAGGCAAGGGUCAUCAGCACUCGCAGCCUGGCAAGUGACGACGACAAGAAGCCAACGAAGAAGCAUGUCGAGAUCCAGUUGCCAGAGGAUAUGACGUACACAGCCGGCGACUAUCUUGCCAUCCUGCCAAUCAACCCCCAGGAGAGCGUCCAUCGUGCCAUGCGACGAUUCAAGCUUCCAUGGGAUGCUCAUUUGGAGAUCAACACCAACGGUCCACUGGCUCUCCCGACGAAUACUUCGGUUCCAGCCAACGACAUUCUCAGCUCAUACGUCGAACUAUCGCAGCCUGCAACCAAGAGAAACCUGCUCACCAUCGCCGAAGCCGCCACAGAUGAGACUACCAAGGCUGCUAUCCGGCACCUUGCCAACGAUGCGUACGGAGAAGAGAUUAACGCCAAGCGAGUUUCGGUUCUUGAUAUUCUGGAACGAUACCCAUCUGUUGACCUUCCCAUUGGCGAAUUUCUGCUGAUGAUGCCUUCGAUGCGCAUUCGACAAUACUCCGUUUCUUCUUCACCCCUCUGGAACCAAUCCCACGUCACGCUAUCCUUCUCCGUCCUCAAUGAGCCCUCGCUCUCCGGCCAUGGCUCCCAUCAAGGCGUUGCCACUUCUUAUCUCAACUCACUCUCCGAAGGCGACACACUGCAUGUCGCCAUCCGCCCCUCCCAAGCAGCAUUCGGCCUCCCUUCAGACCCAGAGUCCACACCGAUAGUUUGUGUCGCAGCAGGCACUGGUCUGGCGCCUUUCCGUGGCUUCAUCCAGGAACGUGCAGCAAUGAUUGGCUCUGGACGCAAACUCGCACCAGCAAUCCUAUUCUUCGGUUGCCGAUCGCCGGAUGUGGACGAUCUUUACCGGGAAGAAUUGGACGAGUGGCAAAGACUCGGAGCUGUGGAUGUACGCCGAGCAUAUAGCCGUGCUUCGGAGAAAAGUGAAGGGUGCCGCCAUGUGCAAGAUCGUAUGUGGAAGGACCGCGAGGAUGUUAUUGACUUGUGGCAGAAAGGUGCUACUGUUUUUGUAUGCGGAUCGAGAGGUGUUGCCGAGUCGGCCAAGGAGUCCAUCAUCAAGAUUAAAAUUGAGAUGGAAAGCAGGAUAGAUGGCAAGACAGACCUGGAGGCUACCCAAAAGUGGUUUGAGUCUCUGAGGAAUAUCCGCUACGUAACGGAUGUUUUUGAUUAGAUUUGGAUGUUCUGGGACAAUUAUGGAGUACUGGGUCUGUAGCCAUCAGUUGAAAUGAAGUGGAGUUUUUAUUUUAUAGAGAUAUUACUAUGAACAAC